GUCAUCUGCCAGCCAAUAUAGGAGAAAAUCUUUCAUUUUACGAUCGUUCGUCAACAUAAAUUGUUGUACAAAAUUCAAAGAAGAUACGGAAUCGGCUUUUCAAGACGCGAUUACAGUGAUUACACACCACUCCCAACAUUAGGCGAUUAAAUUAUUCGUAAGUUCCCAACGCCUCUCCAAAUGGAAGCCGCCGAGGGUCAAAGUUUGGUCAUCAAAAUGGCCCAGAAGAACAAGGAGACCCAAACGGUGAAGCUGAUGGCCGGUGGCGGACUGGCCAACAACUGGUUUGCCCCGGCGGCGGCCUAUGGGGCACCUCAAGGAGGCGGUCCAUUUGGGGCCAAUUCGAUGGUCCAUUCGCCGACCAUUCCGCACCACGCCGUGUCGUGCCAGUUCUACAUGGAUCGCGAGGAGCAGCUGUAUCGCCGCGCCUGCCAGAUGAAGGGCAUCCGGGUGGAGCGGAUGAACGAGAUCCGCGAGGAGGAGGACGACUCGAACGGAUCGGAGGAGGAGCCCUCGAAGGGCAUCCGAUAUCGCUACACCCUGGACGAGAUGAAAAGCUACAAUCCGUACCGUUUUAUCAACUUUUAGGUGUUCCCCGAUCGCCAGAACCAUCGCCAUCGCCGCCACAUUCCCAUUCCCACCCACAUCGCAUCGCCAGUCCUCGUACUUCCAGGUAGAAUCACUUAGCUCCAGCUUUAGGAUUAGCACCAGUAUCCGUAUCAGUACCAGUAUCAGUACCAGUAACAGCCUCACCACAUUCCACACAAGAUGCGAGUCUGUGGCGACACCAUGCAUGCCUCCAAACCGAAAAGGGAACCACAACAGGAACAAGGACACCGCACACCACACAUUUACUUGUUGUUACCAUUUCGCCAAACAGAUGAAAACAAUAAAGAAUUGUUCAUAAACGACAUACAGGCAUGUCAAGCAAAA